GGUCGAGUUCCAGUCAUUCCAGCCCAUCUGGCCUUUCGGUCCCGCUCGACGCUCAACACCUGACUUCUCAUUCCAGUCGUCCCAAUUCGACGCAGCCUCGAGCGGUGUCAGGCGGCCAGUUGCCCGUGCAGAUGCGUCAGUCCAUCGACGUUGACCAGGUGAACGCGAGUGGGGUGUAUGCUGGCAACAUGCCGUCGGCCGGGAACGAUUCGUUUUCGAUGUAUCGCACCGAGUCUCCCGACAACUAUGGCACCAGCUCGAUACCGGCACCGUUCUCAUCUGAGCCUAUAUACGGCAAGUCGAACUCUCUCGAUCACAACCACGCGCUGUAUAACUUGGGGAUGAGUGGUGCGCCACAUAAUGCGUACAACCCCCCGGCGGCGGUCGACUCGAGCUCGUUUUCGGCUCCGCUCGCCACUCAUCAUCUUACCUAUUAAAUUUCGAUCCUUGCUAUCCACCAUCCUCGAAAAUAAUCUAUCCAAUUUGUUACCUGCAAUUCAAACUCGCUAUCGUAUCCGUGCAUUAAUCACCUCUCCCACGUCCUUUGCUACCCAUGGGGUGCGGACGCUAUUGUAUCAAUUUGUAUCAAAUCCAUCGUAUUCGCUGUUGGUUGCCAUCAUCGUAUCGGUAUGCUUCGUGUUCAUAAUAAGCCUGUUUUGUCGCUUUUCCUUUCUCUCUCUCUAUUUUGGCGUGUUCAACGCCGCUCAUGGAUGCGCGAGCGCAUCCUCUCUUUAUCUAUCGCUUCGUUCUAAGCUACCUUUAGUUCUAAUAUUUCUAUCAUCUUUUUCUUUUUUUCUUGCAGUCCUAAUGACCGUAGCUC